AUGGAGGCGAACGCCGCCUCCCACAGAGCAGAGGGCCAGCGCGGGAGCCUUCCCCGGGCACCGGAAAACAAGCAUGAGGAGAAAGCUGCGGAUCCCGGCRGCGUGCGGGAACAAACCCCGGCAGCGGCGGCCAUGGGCAGCAGGACGUGGAGGGAGCUGAUGGCGGAGCUGAAACUCUUCCUGUGGAACCCAGAGGAGAGGACGUGCAUGGGCAGGACUGCCCGCAGCUGGGGCUUGAUCCUGCUGUUCUACUUGGUUUUCUACACGUGCCUGGCGGGGAUGUUUGCCUUCUGCAUGUACGUGAUGCUGCUCACCCUGAGCCCCUACACACCCACCUACAGGGACCGCGUCGCCCCGCCAGGAGUCAUGAUUCGACCCCACCUGAACGGGUUCAACAUUGCCUUCAACGUGUCGCAGCGCAGCACGUGGCAGCCCUACGUGGACAGCAUGCACCGCUUCCUGCAAGCUUAUGAUGACAAGGUGCAAGAAGAGAAGAACAUCGAGUGCGUGGCGGGGCGCUACUUCAUCCAGAGGGGCCCCGAGGAUGAGCAGAAGAAGGCCUGCCGCUUCAGGCGCUCCCUGCUGCAGAGCUGCUCCGGGAUCGGGGACCCCACGUUCGGCUACUCGCAGGGCCAGCCCUGCAUCCUGCUCAAGAUGAACCGGAUCAUCGGCUACCGACCAGGCGCUGGGGUCCCGGUCAGCGUGGACUGCAAAGUGCAGAAAGGCAAUGAGAGUGACCUUAGAUCAGUAGACUUCUACCCUGGGAACGGCACGUUCGAUCUCAUGUACUAUCCCUACUACGGCAAGCUCACGCACGUCAAUUACACAUCCCCGCURGUGGCCAUGCACUUCACAGAUGUGAAGAGGGAGAGCGUGGUCCCUAUUCAGUGCAGCCUGAACGGGGAGGGCAUCGUCAACGAUGUGAAUAACGACCGCUUCCUGGGCCGGAUCAUCUUCACCCUCAGCAUUGGGAAGUAGCCAGUGCAAAGGCCGGCACUUAGUUAACACCAGGCAGGGUCUUUUCCCUUUGCAAAGCCUAAAAGCCAGCAUUUCUUCUGUUAGGAAAACUAGACACAGGGAAUUUUUUGUUAACUUAUUUUUCUUCAUAUUUAGGAAAGAAAGGAGAUGUAAUUGAGCAAGGAAACAUAGCUUUAAAGAUCUAGGGUAAACCAUUACUAGCCAGUUUUGAAACUUAUAUCCUAGGCAGAGAACCUGUUAUAGCAUUUAAUUAUAAAUUAUAUUUAUAAAUUUUAAUUAUAAAACUCUGAUAACUGAACACCAUUUUCAUAAGGUCAUUUCAAAAAGGACCUCUACAGAACACAUUUUUCCUAGCUUUGUAUUUUAAUCUUUAACAUAGUCUCAUGUACAUUUCUUAGGCAAAAUCUAAUGAGGUGGUGCUUUAUUAUAAUAUUUUUGUUUUAAAAAAAUAAACUGCAAAAAUUCUGGAUUAUGCCUGUGACAGUUAAAUCAAAAUGGCAAAUUUCAAAAAAUACUCCUGGAUCUUUAGCACUAGGGGUACCUUUGUUUGCAGCACUGCAUGCAACUUGUCCAGUACAUGUAAGGUGCUGAUGACAUGAAAACCCAUUUGCUUUUCCGUCUUUCC